CGGACCAACUGUGGAAACAAAUCCGGCUGUCAGGAAUCUUUUAACGAUAUCGGAUUAAAAGAAGAAAUCCUCGCUGAAAAACUUCACAAAUAUCCUGAAGACAGACUCUCUCAUUCUUCUUAUUAACGGUCCUCAUACUUCUCAACACACCAAGUGGUCUCUGAAGCUCUUGUAAAACAGUAACACAAAAAAACAACAACAACAACAAUGGCUUCUGGUUCGUCCUCCCCGGACACCGCCACGGGCUCCGGUACCGACCCGGCCCGGCCCGACACCGGAGAGCCUCUCGGGGGGGCAGGGUCGGACUCGGACUCGGACCUGGGGCUGGAUCAGUUUGACUGCAGCGGUGGGGAGGACCGGCUGGAGGGGGACGACCUGCAGCGGGAGUUCGAGUCCGCGGCAGACCGGGUCCGGGACCUCGUGCAGAGCGCCGCGAGGGACCAGCUGCUCUACCUGUACGCCCGGUACAAACAGGCCAAAGUGGGAAAGUGCAAUACACAGAAACCUGGCUUCUUUGACUUUGAAGGACAGAGAAAAUGGCAGGCCUGGAAGCAGCUGGGAGACAUGGAGGCGGAUCAGGCGAUGCAGGAGUACAUUUCCUGCGUCAACGAGUUGGACCCUGAAGGCAGCACGAAGAAAGGACGAGGAGCAAAGAGAAGAACAGGCUUCGGAGGAGCAACAGUCAGCUCUCUAUACCAGGAGGAGAUGAUCAGGGAAGAGGAUAAAAACAUCUUCGACUACUGCAGAGAAAACAACAUCGAGCACAUCAGCGAGGCCAUCGCCUCCCAGAGAGUGGAAGUCAACAAUAAAGACGAAGAGGGCCGGGCUCUCCUGCACUGGGCCUGUGAUCGAGGACACAAGGAUCUGGUUUCUGUUCUCCUGCAGCACAAAGCGGACAUCAACAGUCAGGAUAAUGAAGGACAGACGGCGCUACAUUACGCGUCGGCCUGUGAGUUUGCAGAGAUCGUGGAUCUGCUGCUGAGCUCCGGCGCCGACCCGUCCAUCAGAGAUCUGGAGGGUUCCCUCCCUGAAGAGGUGACCGAAUCCAGCGCCAUCUCCUCCCUCCUGCAGCAGCACACGGCUCCAAAAGGAUAGACUCCACCCCCCAUCUCCUCCUAUCUCCUCCCCUCCAUCAUCACCUCCUCCCUCCUCCCUACAGAGACUCUAACCCCCUCCAGAAGUUAGUUAGUAAACCAUUUUAUCUCCAAAGUUUGAUUUCUCUGCCUCCGCUCUUCGUGGACUGAAGGGUGUAAACAUUAGACUCGUGAAAUGUUUAUUUUAUUUAUCUGAAUAUUGUUUAUUGAAUUUAACGCCCGGUGGGGUUGGGUGAUAUGACGCUCACUGUCUUUGAGAUUCUUGCUGUACUGAAGUUGUUCUUCAAAUAGAUAUCCCUAAUAAUGCAAAUCAUGAACAGGAACUAGUCUCUUCUGCAGCUCUGUGAACUCGGAGAUGUUGAGGACCCCAAAGUGUUAUGUUAGAAAUGUACAGUAGGGUCCCCAGCACAUAGAAACUGCCGGAUGCUAACCUGCAUACGUUGGGCAAUUUGCACAAUUAGCAUAAGUUGCAUUAGUUAGCAUAUGCAGACGAUAGCUAAAACGUGUCUUUGCCUAUUUGGACAAUUUUAGAGUGGUUUUGGAGGUUAUUGAGGAUCCAUUUCUGACAUCUUCAGGAUCAAAAUGUCAGUUUUAACCAGAAAGUGGCCGUAUCUCUACUCUCUGUGGGCUGAUUUUGAUUACCAUGACUCGUGUUGAGACCAUUAGAUACAGAGAGCACAAGAUGAACAUUAUAACCUCUACUUUGGGCAAUUUUCUUUCAAAUAAAUAAGCAAUCUCUCCAACCGUAAUGAUCCAGAGUCCCCUGGAACGUCAUAAUCAACCAAAAAUGUGUCAAAGACAACAAAUAUGGCCACUUUCUGGUUAAAAAACUGCCAUGUUUGAUCCUGAAGAUGUCAGAAAUGGAUCUUCAAUAACCUCCAAAACCACUCCAAAUCAGCCAAGCCAUUUAUUAGCUAUUGUAUGCAUAUCCUAAUUAACGCUUCUUAUGCUAAUUGUGCAAUUUGACAAACAUAUAUGCAGGUUAGCGUCCGGCAGAUUCUAUGAGCUGGAGACCCUACAUUACAUUUCUAUCAUAAAACUCUGGGGUCUCAACAUUUCCAGGUUCCCAACAGGACUCUAUGAGCUGGUAAAAGACUAACAAGAGAUUCAUCCGGUGUUUCAGUGACCGGACGAACCAAAAACUGACAUUUCCAUUCAUCAAAAUACUGUACACAACUUCAGCAGAAUCUCAUCACAUUCAUAUAUGUAUAUAUUGUUCUCACAGUAUGAAAUGACAUACUGUAAUUAAAUAUUUGUACAUAUCACCCACUCCUACUGCCCAGGCCUUUUAGUCUGGCUCCGCCCCCUCUGAGUAUUUCUUCAUCAUUCAGUUGUUUCAGGAAUGCUUUAAUCAUGUCAUUAAUCACAUUAAAGUCUUCAACAAGUCA